GUAAACAGACUUGUUUUGAUCUGUCAGAAAGCAAGCUCCUGAGGUUGUCACUUUACGAAGGAUUUACUUUCAUUUUGAGCAAACACGCAUUUCGAAACGGUUUGUUUUUUUUUUUUACAAGUGCGGUGAUAUUUAUUCGCGUAGUUUCUGUGUUUCAGCUAUUUAACAGUCUAAACUGCUGUUUUCGCCGAUGUAUCAGCUAGCAGGCUAGCCACCUGAUAGCCUGCUAGCUAACGUUCGUCCCUUUAAACUCGUUGAGCAUAAGUUGACGUUUGCAGCUUUUCGACAGAAAAUAAUCAGUAAAACGUGGGCGUACGUAUCGCAUUGUUUACUUAGAAACUGGUCCAAUUGCUCGUCUUUCAUAGCCUUGUCAUUAAUCUUAGCAAAACUUGAUAAAGACUUGUAACUGUACACUGUCACUGUAUGGACAUAUAAAGCAGCCGUCACCACCCUGCUUAGCUAGCUGCCAAGUCUCUUCUUCUUCCGGUUGUUUUCUCUCCGUGCUGACGACAGAUUCAGCCUCGAUGUGUAACUUUUAUGUGAAGAAAUAAGUAUGUGAGGACUGACAGAAGUGAUGAAGCCUGAGCAUCAGUUUCCUGCCAUGGCUGAGGAUGGAGAGCUGAGUCCAGUGGGAGGACGAGCCGGCUCAUCGGGCCGCCCAGGCCGGCAGAUGUACAGAAGUUCAGCCCAUUUCCGCAGCCUGCUGGACGGCCUGCUGGCUCUCAGACAGGGGGGCAUCCUGUUCGAUGUGGUCCUGAUGGUGGAGGGUCGACCCAUCCAAGCCCACCGCAUACUCCUGGCAGCUUCUUGUGAAUAUUUCAGGGGAAUGUUUGCUGGAGGCCUCAGGGAGUCACAACAAAAGGAAAUCCCAAUCCAUGGAGUGUCUUACAUGGCAAUGAAAAAAAUUCUUGACUACAUCUACACCUCACAGAUUGAGUUAGACCUGGAGUGUGUGCAGGAGGUCCUGAUAGCUGCUACACUUGUACAGCUUGAGAUUGUCAUUGGCUUCUGCUGUGAUUUCCUCUUCUCCUGGCUGGACGAGAGCAACAUUUUAGAGGUUCACCAUCUAGCUGAUGUCUACAGUCUGCAGCAGCUCAAUACCAGGGUCCACUCCUACAUCCUCAGGAACAUCCAGACUUUGUCUCGAACCGACAUAUACAGAAAGCUCCCCCAUGAUCUGGUCUUCAGAGCGCUGAGCAGCAAUGAGCUUCAGGUGACAAGUGAGAACGAGGUGUACGAGGCGGCUCUUCACUACCACUACAGUCCUGAGCAGGUGGAGACUGACCAGGUGUACUUGCAGGUCAGUCGCAAGGACAAUCUGAAGAUGCUUGAUGCCGUCCGUUUCUGCCUGAUUGAGAAACACGUGCUGCAGAGGCUCAACGGCCGACUGAAACAGUGUCCGCUGAAGGAUUCUGUGUCUGCAGCUCUUCGGUAUCAUGAGCAGGAGAUCUGGCAACCCGUCAUGCAGAGUCCCCUCACACAGCCUCGCUCCACCUUCCACUGUAUCCUGGGCUUUGGGGGGAUGUUCACCUCCAACUCCCUUUUAGACAGCGAGCAGCUGUUCCAGGUGUUCCAUCCGAGCUGGAGGGAGUGGAGGACGCUCACCGCAGCUCAUGCUCCCCGGAUGUCCAACCAGGGCAUUGCCGUGCUCAACAACUUUGUGUAUCUCAUUGGAGGAGACAAGAACACCAGCGGGUUUCGGGCAGAAACUCGAUGCUGGAGAUACGACCCUCGCCACAACAGCUGGUGCACCAUCCAGCCGCUGCAGCAGCAGCAUGCAGAUCACUGUGUGUGCGUGCUGGAAGGACACAUUUAUGCGAUUGGAGGACGAGACUACAGCAACGAGCUGGACACAGUGGAGCGCUAUGACCCACACACCAACAAGUGGGAGUUUGUUUCUCCUCUAAAGAGAGAGGUGUACGCCCAUGCUGGAGCUGUGCUGGACGGGAAGAUGUACAUCACAUGUGGCCGCAGAGGGAAUGCGUACCUCAGGGAGACGUACUGUUUUGACCCUUCAGCCAAUCACUGGACAGCAUGUGCUGAUGGGCCAGUGGGGAGGGCGUGGCACGGCAUGGCUGCCGUCAAUGGGCGUAUUUAUGUGAUUGGAGGAAGUAACGAUGAGUGUCAAUACCGGCGGGAUGUCCUGAAGGUGGCAUGCUUGGACCCUGAAAUGAACUCCUGGUCCUUAGUGACCCCCCUCCCUGCUGGACACGGAGAGCCAGGCGUAGCCGUCCUGGAGAAUAAAAUCUACAUCCUGGGAGGACGCUCUCACGACAAAGGCAACAGGAUGAAAUACGUCCACGUGUACAACACAGAAACAGACGAGUGGGAGAACGACAUCGACUUUAAGGAGCGAGUCUCCGGCCUGGCCGCCUGCGUGGCGCUCAUGCCCCCUACAGUGAUCGCACAGGCCCGGACCUGGGAGCAGCGCAGAAAGGCAUCAUGGGAAGAGUUGGAAAUGGACAACUCAGAGGACUCAAGUGAGGACUGAAGCAGCCUCUUUGAACUGAAUGUCUGAAGUUUUUUAAGCACUUUUCUCCCACUGCAUGUUUCAUUUAACCUUGGGGAUAUUUUCCUGUGGCAGCAUCGUUUUGUUGAGCACAUCUUUGAGUGCCUCCAAACCAAAGUGGCAUUUAGGAUCUUUGCACACUUUGUUAUUUUUAUUGCGUCUUCUUUGAUAAUCGUACUCCUUCCAUAAAGUCAUGCCUGCUUACAUGAUGCCACUGUUUGCAGCUUAUUUCUCUCUCAUACAGCGGUGAAGAAGAAAACUGGCUAUGCAAUAGUGGAAAUAAUGAUGUUAUGGAGAGUUGUUCUGAUUUCGUUCACUGAAACUUCUACAAGUGCGGUUAACAGGGAGUAGGAUCUGGUAUAAUGUGACCCUCAUGUUAAGCUUACAUUUUUGUUUCUCAUAAUUAAGACCCCUUUAAUAAUUUAGUUCUCGACUCUAGCAGCUACAAAGUACACACUGUCCCACACUUGACUUAUCAUCACGUCUUCACUACUGAGUAAUCAUUAAGCUGGUAAGUUUUGACUCUGUGCCUUGUUUAUGUUGUGCACCGUGAACAUUUACAUUUUUGUUUUUUUGUGUAUUUCUGUGGAUGGAGAUGAGCCUUCGGUUUUGUGCCUCUGAUAUCACGUUGUGUUAAAGAAAUCUGUAUUGAAGUGAUUUGUGUUGGCACCUGAAGGACGAGGUACCUGGGCUAAGGUCUGCUUGCUUUCUGUCAUCACGCCUCUCAGAGAUUUAUGAGCCUCGUUUCUUUAUUAAGUGUUAUGAAAACCAAACCACUGUUCUCAUUUUUGGUGUUUUUUCAUUGCAACUUCUCUGUUUAAGUUAUUCUAUGACUCACUCAACCCAAAGAACUCACUGGAGAGAUUUGCAGUAUUUUAUUUAGUGAUCUCCAUUUUUCAUCUUGUUUCCUCUGUUGUUGUUUUAUAAAGAAAAGAAGAAGUUGAAGGAUACUCUGGUACCAUACUAUGGUAUAUAAAAAUCAAAGACAAUCUCCAGGUUGGUUUCUUGAAGAUGUAAUUUUCUUUAUAAUAUAACAGCAGGAACAGGAAAGUACACUGUAUUAGAGCGCACUGUCACAAUAUGCAACUUUAGUAUACUGUUCAUUCUUU